CUCAGAUACCAGUGUUACGGAAAUCAAUUCAGCAAGAUGGAGAUACGUUUGAGUUGGUUUGAGUGUUUUGUUGUGUGUAUUUUAAUCGCACUUCCAUUACUUUACGAGCUUAGUGCUACUUUCAAGUAUUAUUCUAAGAUGUGCCUCUACCUCUUGAUGAUGAAUGUAACCGCAGUUCUACUUCUCCCUGUGGCGCUUUUGCGACCGUUAAACACCGCUAACUUUAAAACAUGCAUGAAUAUAUACAUUCAGAUGACAAGGAUGUUUGGCGUAAAGGUAGAGUUGAUAAAUGGAGAGUACCUUGAUACAAAAGGACCCUACAUACUGGUCUGUAAUCACCAGAGCUCAUUGGACAUGAUUGUGAUGGCAAACAUUUGGCCAAACAAUUGUGUUUGCAUGGUGAAGAAAGAGCUUAUGUAUGCUGGUCCGUUUGGAUUAGCCCUAAAGCUCUGUGGCGCCAUCUUUGUUGACAGACGUCAAUCGGGGGCAAAUAGGCAGACAAUGACAGAUGUUUUUGCCAACGUUAAAGCAAAGAGUAUUAGAGUCUGGGUGUUUCCAGAGGGAACUAGGAAUCAUGAGUUUGGGAUGCUGCCUUUCAAGAAAGGAGCUUUUCACCUUGCAGUGACAGCUCAGAUUCCAAUUGUGCCAAUUGUUGUGUCUUCGUACUCGGAAUUCUAUAGCAAAAAGGAAAGCCGAUUUGGUACAGCUCAUCUGACGUAG